AUGACUCAAAGAAGGCGCUCACUCUCCGAUUCUGAUUUAUCACCACAAAAACGCGCCAAAGUUUCAGAUACCAAUCAGCUCACUGGCACAGUUUCGGAACAUUUUCAGAAGCUCCUCAACGAAGCUGGCUCGCAGCCUACGCUUGGCCUACUGGGCAUUAUCCGCCAGAUAUUGUCCGAAGAAACGAUAAAUGUAGAGGCCAGAGAGAAUCGUGACGAAGUUCUCAAGUCACUGGAAGCCUCUUUGGAACAACCAAAAGUGCCGUCAGCUUCGUUCUCUACCGUAACACGCGAAGCAUUACAAGAUUUAGGGGUGCGAUUCAAUGAACCCACUGAUUGGACUCCACAAGGUAUAUUCGACACAAUGAAAAAAUCAGAAUUCAAUAGUCACAACCUCGAACCCUUGUACCAACAAUUGGAAGCAAUUUACCGCUCAUCUGGAUCCAAGAAUGAGGCGGCUGCGCGAUUGAUCAUCAACGCGUAUAUCCAAUUCAUAACCACCACCGUAACGGAAAUGAGGAAGACCAAAACCACGGCUUUUAUAAAGUCUGAAAUAGAAGCUGGUAUCGACAUCGCAACACUCGUUCCUCCAGAUGUUUUCAACGACGAUGCUUCGGUAAAGCCUGAAGCCAUCUCGGAGUUCUUGGAGACGCCAGAUGGAAAAAAUGUGCCUGUAGGAUCGACUUUUGAAGACUUCAGGAUUGAGGAUAGGGCCGAUUUUGUGUGGUUUUGUAACAAGAACAUGAGGGACACUAAAUUGCCGACCCUCGGUGGCGCUAAGGACCAAUAUCAACUACGUCUAUUUCCAGAGUUCGCUAUUGGACCUGAUACAGGAGUAUCCAAAGGUGCCACACUUCUCGAUAAGAAUGGCCGACCGUUCAGGUUAUCAGGAGUGUCCGACUAUGGGAUAUGGCUUUUUAAAACCGAGCAUGAAGUACCCAUCCUGUCUUCUGAUCAACUGAAGUUCCUUUCGGCAUUGGCUCAAACACAAGAAGGUCGACUUGUUGUUCUUGAAGCGAAAAGCCUCAACAGUAAAGGAAGCUUAGAGGGCGAGGCCCUGACGGAGGCAACAGCUCAAGCUCUUGCACUUAGUCAUCUAUCAAACAGCAUCCGCUUUAUCGUAACGGAUUCGGAAAGGUGGCUGCUGGCGCAUCUACAUAAUGGCAAAUUACCUGGUCAAUCGUCUGAAAUCACGCACAUGCCUUAUUUUUCUGAACUCGAUGUUCCGAACCCCUUUCUGUCACUCUACGGGACGCUAGUCGCACGAGACAAGGCAGUCAAGGAAUGGCGGUCCAGGGUUAAGAAAAUAUACGUACUUUUGAUGGAAUGGCUAUUGCCAGGAACGGGGACCACCGGUAUCACAUCUCCGUCGCCAUCAAACCCACCAUCAGCGUCCAACUCCCUAGAUCGCAUUGUAGAAUCGAGCAAGUCUGCUUAG